CUGGGAGGCAGCUGAAGUUUUUCUCGCAAAUCUGACUACGAAACUGUAUCAAAAUUUCACGUUCUACUUCUGACUCUGAGUUGUGUUUCACACACGCCGCUGAAGCGGCGUUCUGGGACCCUGCGUCCAGUCGUUACUUUUCAAUCGUUGCUUUUCAACAUGCACCACCGCAGGAAAAGAAAGACGAAUGAAAAAAGUCUAUGACAUAAAUAUCCUGCUUGUUUUGUUCACCGUGAAUACUGCUUGGGGUUUACUAUGCAGAUGAGCCGCAACGAUGACAAACGUUACAGAAGAAAGUGACUCAGAAUUAUCCAAUUUAUUAAAUCCAGAGAACUUAUCAGAAGAAUCAUUAAUUCAUAUUUUACAACAGCGACAGGUUAUGAUUGAUGAUGUCGACAGAUCUAAUAAAGAAAAUUUGGUCAGUUUAUUCCAUAGAACAGUCACACCUCAACCCCAAAGAGUGAUGCCUAAAAAUCGUAUAGGGAAAGUUCUAAAAAGUGCGCAAGAAAAGGUUGCAUCACGUAAACGAAAGUCUAUCGAAACGCCUAAUUUACCCACAGCAGCUAAGUCAACUGCAUCAAUAGGGAAAGUUAAAAAAAAUGCGCAAGAAAAGGGUGCAUCACGUAAACGAAAGCCUAUCGAAAAGCCUAAUUUACUCACAGCAGCUAAGUCAACUGCAUCAAAAGCACAGUCUUCGUCAGCAAAUAUCCAGUCACGUGGUUACAGAUCAAAACAACCUCCCGUAGUACUCAACAAGAAAGAUCGCACCGCUAAGUUGAAGAGAACCGGUAGUAGUCAGCAAGAGGGUGAACAUCCUAACGGAAAUUUUGCAUUGACUGUGUUUAUCGUAGCCAUAGCUAUAGUUGCGGCUCUAGGAUAUUAUUUAUGGUGGGGCUAAGAUGUCCGAUUGGGGGGGGGGGCUAAGUAUUUAUGG